CGACCCGGAAGGGUUUCUCAUUUACUCACAUGUGGACUGGAUUUUAACACUGACGGGAACGUGCUUGCUGUGUUGUGAUACAACCUAGACAGACAAGCAAGUGAUGUACCCCACUAUUUGGUUAACGAAGAAUAUAACAUAUUACAUUGUUAAUAAUUUGUCGUUUAUUUCGUUGUAGAUCGCCGUUCCACAAACGACAAAUGGUACGAUGGAAAAUUUAGAAUUGAGCCUGUCAUCACUGGGUACCAUAUCCAGACAUAUUGAUAAAAGCCACAACGAACUAAGCAAAUACUUGGCAAAACAGAUAUGGAGCCAACAAGACAGACAAAGUAUUCUGUCAUGUCUUGCCCAGCUCCUCUUGGAGAAAGACUAUACUCUUCUGAUCGCCCGCCACCUCCGGCCCCUCAUCCUAGACCUCCUUGAGAGGAACACAGAGAGGAUCAAAGUGGAUGGCACAAUAAACCACGAUCUUCAUGAGCGCUUGUGUGUUGCCCUCAGCAAGCUCCUCUUUGUUAGUCCGGAUGCACAGGCGUUUGCUGCCAGGUACUUUGACACGGCCCCUCCAGUCUUUCAGAGGCUCUUCUUCACCAGCGAGGAGUCCUCGUCCGUGCAGUACGGGCCCAGGAGGAUGAAGCUGCGAGACCUCAUGGGCGCCACCCUGCGCUUCCUCCAGAGCGACCGUGCCAAGUUCAGGGUCCUCUGGGACUGGAGCGCCUGUGUGUCUCAGCUCCUCACCAGCGACGUCAUGGUCCGAGGGUACACGGCCCAGUGUUUGGCCCUGGUCUCUCACAUGACAGACAAUCAGAAAACCAUUUUCCUGAGAAAGGUGCUAUCGAGCGAGGAGAUCCUCCACAUGAAGAUUAAGUCAUUGGAGGAAACGCAGCAGUUAGAGGUCGAAAAAGCCCUUGUCCUAGCCAAUCAGGGGACUGUGAUGUGGCGGCAGGAAAAGGCAAACAAGUUCACCAGGGGUCAGGUGGUGUCAGAAGACCUCUCCCAGAAUGUGGUGGCUGUAUGUGGGGUGGUGUUGCCCAGGGUGUCUCCCAAGCACACGGAGCAGGCUAACCUAAAGGAACUGGUGCUUGUGGAUUCAACUUGUCGCAACAUGCGCAGACUGGCGAUGGCAGUGGCCUCCCAGAAGGCUGUUCUUCUUGAAGGGCCAAUCGGAUGUGGUAAAACUGCCCUUGUGGAGUUUAUGGCAUCCGUCACCGGCCAUACAAAUGCCACAGAAAUUCUGAAGGUUCAACUUGGGGAUCAGACUGACAGCAAAAUGUUACUAGGGAUGUAUCGGUGCACAGACAUCCCAGGGAAGUUUAUUUGGCAGCCUGGUACCUUGACACAAGCUGUGUCCAAAGGCCACUGGAUCCUGCUGGAAGACAUUGACCAUGCUCCUCUUGAUGUGAUAUCUGUCCUGCUGCCUCUGAUGGAGAACAAGAAGCUGAUGAUUCCAGGACGGGAAGACUGCAUAGAUGUUUCUCCAGGCUUCCAGUUCUUUGCCACGAGAAGGAUGUAUUACGGUAACGGCAGUUGGUACAGGCCACAGAACAGCCAUGCUUCUCUCUUGGACAAGUACUGGACUAAACUACAGAUGGGAAAUAUGGUGCGAGAUGAAUUAAAGAAGGUGUUGGUGACGAGGUACCCUAACCUGACCGUUGUGGUGGAGCGACUGCUGGAUAUCUACUGCCAGCUGACAGGGGAGAGGCACCCUGAACACAGCCCUGCUUCUCUGUGCCACGGCCUCACAGGCAGCCUGCAGGACCCCGAGGUGGCCCAGUAUAAGCCGGACGAGAAGACCACAUCCCUAGAGGGGAGAGACCUGUCCCUCAGGGACUUGCUGAAGUGGUGUGAGAGAAUCACGGGGAACUUUGACAGCAGCUCUUCAGCUACAGCACAGCAUGUCUUCCUGGAGGCUCUUGACUGUUUCACAGCUAUGCUGUCACGACCAGAGAACCGUCUGCGGGUGGCUGAGGUCAUCGGGAGCAAGCUCAACAUCUCCAAAGAGAAGGCUCAGCACUUCUGCCAGAUGUAUCAGCCUGGUAUCUCUGUGACCGAGCUGGAGGCUUCUGUGGGCCGAGUGGCUCUGGUCCGGAAGCAGAACGAAGUAGUCCGGCUGUGUGUUGAGAAGCAGACCUUUGCAGCCACACGUCCGUCUGCAGUGCUGCUGGAGCAGCUGGCUGUGUGUGCGGUGAGGGGAGAGCCUAUACUGCUGGUUGGAGAGACGGGCACUGGGAAGACCUCCACCGUGCAGUAUCUGGCUGGUCUCACAGGACACAGGUUAAGGGUGAUAAACAUGAACCAGCAGAGUGACACUGCUGAUCUUCUGGGAGGGUACAAACCUGUGGACCACAAGCUGAUCCUGCUGCCGCUGCGCGAAGCCUUUGAGGACCUGUUCUCCCAGUCGUACUCCCGCAAGCAGAACCUGACCUUUCUGGGCCAUGUGCAGACCUGCUUCAGGGGCAAACGCUGGCAGGACCUGCUCAAGCUCAUGGACCACGUGUGCAAGUCAGCCCUCACCAAAGAGUUGCAAGACAAAUCUAAUGCUGCCUUGUUGCAGGAGCAAUGGGAGGCCUUGGCACUGAGACUGAGCCAAACCCAGCUGCAGAUCAAAGCCUGUGAGACGGCCAUGGUCUUUGCCUUUGUGGAGGGGACUCUGGCCCAGGCGGUGAAGAAAGGAGAAUGGAUCCUGCUGGAUGAGAUCAACCUAGCGGCGGCUGAAACCCUGGAGUGUCUGAGCGGGCUCCUGGAGGGAAGAGCUGGCUCUCUGGUGCUGCAGGACCGUGGAGACACAGAACCGCUCGUUCGCCAUCCAGACUUCCGUCUGUUUGCCUGCAUGAACCCAGCCACCGACGUGGGCAAGAGGAACCUUCCUCUGGGGAUCAGGAACCGCUUCACCGAGCUGUACGUGGAGGAGCUGGAGAAUGAGUCGGACCUGAGGAUCCUGGUGUCAGAUUACCUGAAAGGCCUGAACCCCUCGAGGACCGUCGUCAACGGCAUCAUCAGUUUUUACCUGGCGGUGCGCAAGGAGGCUACCAGCCACCUGGUGGACGGUACGGGCCACAGGCCUCACUACAGCCUGCGGACGCUGUGCAGGGCCCUGAAGUACGUGGCUUCCAACCCCUGCUACAGCGUCCAGCGCUCGCUAUACGAGGGGUUCUGCAUGAGCUUCCUGACCCAGCUGGACAGGAGCUCCCAUCCCGUCGUCCAGAAUCUAGUGUGUCAACACAUCCUGGCAGGAAACGUCAAGUGUUUGAAACAGCCUAUUCCAGAGCCCUCAGGGCGGGUGUGUGUGGAGAUGGAGGCCUACUGGGUGUCCCAGGGGGAGAUGGAGCCAGCUCUGGACCCCAGCUACAUCCUCACCUCCUCUGUCAAGCUCAACCUCCGUGACCUGGCCAGAGUGGUGUCCGCAGGGAGUCAUCCUGUCCUGAUCCAGGGGGAGACGUCUGUGGGGAAGACCAGCCUGAUCAGGUGGCUGGCGGCUGCCACAGGGAACCAGUGUGUGAGGAUAAACAACCACGAACACACGGACAUCCAGGAGUACAUGGGCUGCUACUCCUCUGACGACGGGGGCAAGCUGGUCUUCAAAGAGGGCGUUCUCAUUGAUGCUAUGAGGAAAGGCUACUGGAUCAUCCUGGAUGAGUUGAAUCUGGCCCCCACCGAUGUUCUGGAGGCCCUGAACAGACUCCUGGAUGACAACCGAGAGCUGUUUGUAGCAGAGACCCAGGAAGUGAUCAAAGCCCACCCCAGAUUCAUGCUCUUCGCCACCCAGAACCCUCCGGGACUCUACGGGGGUAGAAAGGUCCUCUCCAGGGCUUUCAGGAACCGCUUCGUGGAGCUGCACUUUGACGAGCUGCCGAGCGGCGAGCUGGAGGUCAUCCUCCACCAGAGGUGCAGCCUCCCUCCGUCCUACUGCACCAAGCUGGUCCAGGUCAUGCAGGACCUCCAGUCCCUGCGCAGGGGAUCGUCUGUGUUUGCGGGGAAACACGGCUUCAUUACCCUCAGGGACCUGUUCCGCUGGGCAGACCGCUAUAGGCUGGAGGAACAGACUGAGACGUCGCGGGAUUGGCUGCAGCAUUUGGCUGACGAUGGAUUCAUGCUGCUGGCAGGCAGAGUGAGGAAGGCAGACGAGGCAGCUAUCAUCCAGUCCAUCCUGGAAAAGCACUUCAAGCGGAGGGUGAACCCUGACUCCCUGUUCUCUGAACAGCAGGUCACCUCUCAGUUCAGUCCUUUUGUGGACAGCAUCGCGGGCGUCCCCGAGGAGUUCCGUCACGUGGUGUGGACUCACAGCAUGCGGAGGCUGGCCGUCCUGGUGGGGCGAGCGCUGCGGUUCGGAGAGUCGGUCCUCCUCGUGGGAGACACAGGGUGUGGAAAGACGACAAUCUGCCAGCUGUUUGCUGCCCUGGCAGGACAGAAGUUCUUCUCCCUGAACUGUCACCUGCACAUGGAGACGUCAGACUUCCUGGGAGGGCUCCGGCCAGUCAGACACGCUGGGACACAUCAGGUGGACGCGGAGGACGGCCGUCUGUUUGAGUGGCAGGACGGGCCUCUGGUCCAGGCUAUGAAGGAGGCUGGGGUGUUCCUCAUGGACGAGAUCUCCCUGGCAGACGAUUCUGUGCUGGAGAGACUCAACAGCGUUCUGGAGACCGAGAGGUCCCUGCUGCUGGCGGAGAAGGGCAGCGGGGACGAUGACGACGUGGAGCUGAUCACAGCCGCGGCCAGCUUCCGCCUGGUGGCCACCAUGAACCCUGGAGGAGACUUCGGCAAGAAGGAGCUUUCCCCAGCGCUCAGGAACAGAUUCACUGAGAUCUGGUGCCCUCAGACCAACAGCCGUAGUGACCUGGUCCAGAUCAUCCAACACAACCUGCGUUCAGGCCUGGCCAUAGACGGUGGAGACAUCGCUGAGCUGAUGCUGGACUUCAUCGAUUGGCUGACCAGUCAGGAGUUUGGCCGGCGCUGCAUCCUGAGCGUGAGAGACAUCCUGUCGUGGGUCCACUUCCUGAACGUGGUGUGUGAGCGUGACAUGGAUGGCUUUAUGACCAUGGGGGCGGAGGAGGAGGAGGAGGAGGCUGAGUGGGACCUGAGGCUGGACACCAUCACUGCCUUCAUCCACGCUGCCUGUCUGGUGUAUGUGGACGGCAUCGGCUCAGGCACAACAGCGUCGUCAGCUGAGAGUGCCAUGGUGGCUCGCCGGUCCUGUCUGGGCUUCCUGCAGCAGAGGCUCAGCAGAGUCACCCAGCUGGACCAGGAGAUGCUGGACGCCCUGCGCGUGUACGACACCACCCUGCCCAGGGAGCCCCAGCUGGGGGAUGACUUCUUCGGCAUCGACCCCUUCUACAUCGCCCUAGGACCAGCGACUGAGAGCCGGAGCCUGUCGGACUACGCCCUGGCCGCGGGCACCACUGCGGUGAACGCCCAGAGGAUCCUCCGAGCCCUGAAGCUCCAGAGGCCCGUGCUGCUGGAGGGCUCCCCUGGCGUGGGCAAGACCAGCCUGGUGGCAGCCCUGGCCAAGGCCUCUGGAAACCACCUGGUCCGGAUUAACCUCUCUGAACAAACGGAUGUGACGGAUCUGUUUGGGACUGACCUGCCUGUGGAGGGGGGGAAGGGGGGAGAGUUUGCUUGGCGAGACGGCCCUCUUCUGGCUGGACUGAAGGCUGGUCACUGGAUAGUUCUGGAUGAGUUGAACCUCGCUUCCCAGUCUGUGCUGGAGGGCCUGAACGCCUGCUUUGACCACCGCUCAGAGAUCUAUGUUCCAGAGCUGGGGAUGACCUUCCAGGUGCAGCACGAGAAGACCAAGAUGUUCGGCUGCCAGAACCCCUUCAUCCAGGGAGGGGGGCGCAAGGGACUCCCCAAAUCAUUCCUCAACAGGUUCACUCAGGUGUUUGUGGACCAACUCACCAGUGAAGACAUGGAAUUUAUCGGGGACUCAAUUUUUCCCAACAUCGACAAGCAAAUCACCUCUAAAAUGGUGCAGUUCAAUAACCGGCUUGUGCAGGAAGUCUCUGUCGAGAGGAAGUGGGGUCAGAAAGGAGGCCCCUGGGAAUUCAACCUGCGAGACAUGUUCCGCUGGUGUCAGCUGAUGCAAGCCGACCAAUCGCCUGGCUUCUUCAACCCAGGUCAGCAUGUGGGUGUGGUGUACGCAGAACGGAUGAGGACGGAGGCAGACAAGGCCCAGGUGCUGUCUGUGUUCCGGAAGGUGUUUGGUGAAGAUUUUGAGCCCUACACUAGUUCAAGGCAAUUCCACAUCACACCACUGAACCUUCAGGUGGGCUUCUCAGUCCUCCAGCGCAGUGGGGGGGCCCCAGUGGUCCUGGACCCCCCCCUGUCCAUCACCCACCAGGCUCUGCGUCCUCUGGAGUCCGUCAUGAAGUGUGUGGAAGUGGGCUGGAUGUCCAUCCUGGUGGGCCCCACGGCCAGCGGGAAGACCAGCCUGGUGCGGCUGCUGGCCCUGCUCACAGGCCACCGUCUGCGCGUCAUGGCCAUGAACAGCUCCAUGGAUACCACAGAGCUGCUGGGAGGGUUCGAGCAGGUGGACAUCAUGAGGCCAUGGCAACAGGUGCUGGAGACGGUGGACUACGUGGUUGCCAUGGUGACGAGGCGGGGCCUGAUGUCGCUGGACGGGGCGGUGCAGGACACAGAGUUCCUGCUGAAGACCUGGAGCCUGUUCUGCCGCUGGCUGAAGGACGAGGGUCUGGAGGGCACGGGGGGCACGGUCACCUCAGACGCCCUGAACAAGCUGGAGGUCAUCAUCCUGCUGCUGCAGAAGCUCAACACCAAACUCAAGGUCUUCACAGACAUGUCCAAGCUGCAGAUGGACUUCACCCUGCUGAAGGAGCGCCUGGCUCAGCUGCAGGACGGCUGGACCAACGGAGGCUUCGAGUGGCUGGAUGGGAUGCUGGUGCAGGCCCUGCAGGCUGGGGACUGGCUGCUCAUGGACAAUGUCAACUUCUGCAGCCCCUCUGUGCUGGACCGCCUUAACGCCCUGCUGGAACCGGGCGGCUGUCUGACCAUCAACGAGCGAGGCGUCAUCGACGGAACCACGCCCAGGAUCACGCCCCACCCCAACUUCAGGCUGUUCCUGACCAUGGACCCUGCUCACGGGGAGAUCUCCAGGGCCAUGAGGAACAGAGGGGUGGAGAUCUACGUCCCAGGAGAACACGAGGGGGUGUGCUGGGACUCUCUGGACCUGAAGACCGUGCUGCACACUGUGGGAGUGACCGGAGACUGUGUGUGCGAUCUGCUCAUCGAAAUCCACGCUGACAUCAAGACCACCAUCUGGGACUCUCCUGCCUCCUCCGUGUCCUCCCUCCUCCAUGCUGCCACCCUGCUGUCCUGCCAGCUGCAGAGAGGAGUGGACCUGCCCAGCGCCCUGCUGCACUCCUGUGGAGAGGCCUACUCCCUCUGCCAGCGCACCACCGCCAGCCAGCGGCAAGCCCAGCAGGUGAUCGAGAGACGGCUAGCCAUCCUGGACACGGAGGACUGGGGCAGCGGGCUGCUGUGUGCAGGGGUGUGGCCAGACGGCUUCCCCUCCGCCCUCCUCUCCACCGAGGACUCCUGCUUCUCCUCCGUGCUCCGAGACGGACAGGUCCUGUCCUUCUGCCUCAACACCCUCAGCCUGCAGGGCAAGAGGAGUCGGCCGCUGAGCCUGUGUGACCUCCAGAGGGCGCUCCAGAGCGGAGGGGUCCACGAGGGGCUGGUGUUCUCUGGAGGGGUGGUGGACCUGGAGGAGGGGGACACCCUGCGUCUCAUCCCCACGGCCGUCAGGCUGCUGACGGAGAGGGCCUCCCACAGCGACUGGAUCCUGCGCAGCAGCUGGCUGGCUCACCUGGGCAGGAGCUACAAAUCUGCCCCCGAUCCUGCGCUGGUGCAGCUGGAGGCGGGAAACCGAUCUCUGAAGGCCGUGUUCUCCAGCAAGCUGAUGGUCAAGGGCAAGAGCCUCACGGAACUGCUGCAGCCCCACAGCACAGAUGACUACAGGAUCCUGGUGGACAUGCGAUGGAACAAGCAGUAUCUGGACAUUCUGGCCAACACGUGCAACUUUGAGGAUGAGGAGAGGUACACAGAGUUCAUGGAAGCCCUGAACGCUGUCGCUAACAGGAUUGUCCUGCAGAUGGACAGAGAGGAGAGGGCUGUCAUCUGUACCUGUGCCAUCAAUGCAUCAGCACACAACAGCGCCCUAAGACUGGCCACUGCGUUCUCCAAAGGGACGGUGGACAUCGGCCACCUGCCACACCCGGUGCUGAUACACCUGCGCUCCUUUUUCGACCUAUGGGACGACUUCAUCCUGCAGGGCAUCCAGACAGGCCAGCCCUACAUAUCAGACCACCUCAUGUUCGAGGUCCUGCAGCUGCUGCAGUGGAGAGACCGCUUCUGGGACGUGUGCAACACGCUUCCUGCAGACUCCCAGGGCGUGUCGGUGCUGUCGCUGCACUGGCAGUGGGUCCAGAAGCACCUGAUCUUACGGCUGCCUCAUCUGCUGCUGGGGGACGGCACCUACGAAGGGCAGCAGGAGCUGCAGACGGUGUCAGCUGCCAUCCAGACCGUCCUGUCCACCCCGAUCACUGUGGCCACAGCCCUGAAGGGCAUCCAGAAGACACUGGGAAAACCACUGCCUUUCAAGUUGGAGUCUGUGGCUGAGUGUGCGUCUCGUCUGAGAGUCCUGAGCCGCGUCCUGGACGUGGGGGACCUGAGGCUGGACGGCUCGUCCAGGAAGCAGGAGGUGUCCCGCCUCCAGGAGGCUGUCCUGGGCCUGGAGACCAAGGAGAGGCUGCUGGAGGCCUGGGGCCUGGUCCUGCUCGCCAACAACCAGCUAGAGCCGCACCACUCAGGUGUGCUGGAGAGGUUGGUGUCCUGUGUGGAGCAGCAGCAGGGUCACAUGACGUCCUGCGGCCUCCUGGAAGUUCGUCCGUCCGUGACGGGAGCCGGCGAGCCGGCAGACAGCGCCCCCGCCUGCAGGGAGGCGUUACUGCAGCUGCGCCGCAGGGCCCAGCUCUGGCCGCUGGUGGAGGAACUGGCCCUUCUCAACCAGCUCCGGCUGUGUGCAGACCUGCUGCAGAUGGCCCUCACUCAGGGGGAUAGGGACAGGGAGGACAGCAUGAGGAGGGAACUCUCCCAGCACCUGCGCUUCUGCCUCCAGUCCACGCCCAUGAACGUCAGCCAGCUGCAGCCUCUCUGGUUCCUGCUCAGCAGUGACCGGCCUUCGGAGGAGCUGCAGUUUGUGUGGUGCGAGCUGCUGUCUGAAGCGCUGGCCUCUCUGUGGAGCAGCAGCGUGACCUCUGACCCUGAGCGCUGGCUGAAGUGGGACCCCCUGAGUCCAGAGUCCCAGAUGGCAGCAAAGUCAUCUCUGGUACCUGACAGCACGGGUCCUGGCAUGCUGAGUAAAGCUGUGUGGUCGCACUGCAUGCUGGGAGUCCUAAGCAGCAUUGAGAGUGGGGGCUGCUGGGAUCCCACAGGAAUGUCACUCCUUUCGGCCUCAAGGGUCACCCUGGGGGAGUGGCGGGAGAGGAGCCAGCAGCUGCAGGACGUCAGCGCCCUGCUCUGGAACAACAUGGCCAUGCCUGCCCUGGCUGAGUUCAGACGAACAGACAGCAGGCUGCAGGGUAUGGUGCUGCGCAGACAGCUGCAGAGCAUGGCCGACCUGCUGCCCCCCGCCUUGCAGGAGGGAUACACCGAGAGCUGUGAGAGUCUGGUGGAGGACCAGGACCCUCUGGUGGCUGCCCAGGAGAUCCAGACCGUCCUCCGAGACUUCCUGGCCCCCAGCCUGCUCCCUGAAGGCCUGCUGGAUGCCCUGCUCACCGGCCUGCAGCAGUACGUCCAGAACAAGGUCAAGCCCGGGCCCAGCCCGGAGGCCCACUCGGGGGUGUUCUGGGUCAACAUGGGCCUGAUGCACAUGAAGGUGUGGACCCCACAGACUAUCUUCGACCCAGCUGUGAAGCGAGCCUAUAAGUUGAGCUACUCUCAGGAGGAGCUGGCCUUGCUGCAGGAGGAGUGGAGGGGGCGGAGCCUGGCGUCGCAGCUGCUGACUGGAGCAGAGCUGGGGGAGAACAGCACCACUGACGGCUUCCAGCACCCUCGUAUCAGGUACCUGUGGAUCCGGAUGCAGCAGGUGAAGGAGCAGAUCGCAGAGCUGUCCAGGAAGCAGGCGUGUCGCCCGACAGAGCCGCAGUACGGCCGGCUCUUCCAGGAGCUGCAGCACUACCUCUGCAGCAUCGGCCAGCCUGCAGCCGUGGAGGACCUCCUCUCCCACCUCCUGAAGGCCCUGCAGGGCAGCGGGCCCAAAUCCAGGUCGGGGAUCCAGGGCCUGCUGAAGGAGGAGGCCGUGUGGCAGGCGUCCCAGCAUUGCUUCGCCCUCAGGCUGCAGGAGGACUACCCGCUGUACCCUGACGUGGUGGGGCCCCUGCGGACCGCCAUCCUCCAGCUCCGCCACGGCAUGAGGCUGCUGGCUUCCCAGCUGGCCUCCUCUCUCACCCCCAUGCUGGGCCUGCCCAAGCUGGUGUCCUGCCUGCUGGCCUUCCCCUCCCUGUCCCCCAGCCUGCCCUCCUACCUGGCCAGGGCUGACUACCUGUGCUCGCGGGCCUGUGUGGAUGUGCUGCGGGGGCUGGCCAAGCUCCUCCCCCAGCAGGACCCGGCACGCACGGUCCCCGAGACCUCCACCCUGCUGCUGAACGCUCUCCUGUACGUGCAGUGCCACGCCCUGUCCACCGGGGGGCUGAGCCAGGACACCCACAAGCUCUUCAGGCACAUCUGUCAGGCGGUGGUGAACGAGUGGGACGAACAGGAGAGAAGAGCCAGGGAGAAGGAGCAGCUGGAGGCCAGUCUGUACCGCCAUCGCAGCCGUCUCCACGGGACGGGCCUGAGCGAGGAGGAGCAGGAGGAGAGGGACUUCAGACGCAGCUUCCCUCAGUACAACCAGGACUUUGCUGACAUCACGGGCCCGGACACCCUGGAGGGGCCGGCGGAGGCGGGGCUAGAGGAGGAGGAAGUCCUGGAGGAUGCGGGCGAGGCUGGUGUCCUGUCCCCAGCCUGUAUGAACACCAUGGUCCAGGUCCAUCUGAGCCUCUGUCUGGGAUACUCCCAGUCGCUGUGGUACCAAGGCAACCCUCCAGCCAAUCACAGCAAACAUCACAUCAAAGCCCUGGUCACCUCGUACCAGAUCACAGCUCCUGUGAUGGCACGCUUCUAUCACCUGCUCGACUCUGAGCUGGACCAGCAUCUAGCCUGCACCCAGCUGCUUCUCAGCUCCCUGCUCCAGAACACUUUCCAGGGCCCGGAGGCCUCCGACCCCGGCCUCAGCCUUCAGCCAGACGGGCCCUACGACUUCUACCAGCAGCCCAACAUGAGCGAGGCUCGCCGCUGCCUCCCUGUGGUGGAGCAGCUGGCCGUGGGCGUCAGACACAGGCUGGACGACUGGCCUGGACACCCCACCCUCAUCCAGCUCACCGUGGUGAUGGAGAGGAUCCUGAGCUUCAGCCUGGCCAGCCCUCUUGCCAAGUUCCUCAAUGGCCUGGAGAUCCUGCUCAGCAAGGCCCAGGACUGGGAGAACAACGCCAGUCGCUCCGUGUCUCUGCGCAGGGAGCUGGAGCCAGUCACUCAGCUCAUCAUCCACUGGCGCAAACUGGAACUGAGCUGUUGGUCCAGCAGUCUGGACAACGCCCUGAAGCGCCACACAGAAAAAUCCACCAAGCACUGGUUCUCUCUGUACCAGCUGAUUGAGAGGUACCUGGAGGAGCAGAGGAUGGAUGCAGGGGAGGAGGAGUUGGAGCCGCUGUCCCUGUCCUCUGUGUCGUCCACGCUGCAGGCCUACAUGGAGGGAUCCUCCCUGGGGCAGUUCCACCCCCGCCUGACCAUGCUGCUGGGCUUCCACUGCCACCUGCUGCUCCUGGGCCCCAGCCAGCAGGGCCAAGAACCCCUGUGCCACUUGCUGUGGAACCUGCACAAAUACUACAGCCAGUUCUCUGAGUGCAUCCAGACCAAACUCGUUCAGCUCAGACAGCCCAUUGAGAAGGAGCUCAAGGACUUUGUGAAGAUUUCCAAGUGGAACGAUGUCAGUUUCUGGUCCAUCAAACAGUCAGUGGACAAGACCCACAGAACCCUCUUCAAGUUUGUGAAGAAGUUUGAGGCUGCCCUGUGUAGCCCCUGUGCCCCAGCUCUGGUGGAGCAGGGCACUAGUGCCAGCCUGGACACUGUGGAUGCCAACCCAGAGGAGACGACCCUGCAUCGGGUACACCGGGCCCUGAAGAUCACCCUCCCUGGCAGGGGAAGAGACCUCCAGAGCGACGUCCCAGAGGCGAGUCACCUGGCUGGCUCCUCGUCCCUCCUGCUCCGCCUGCCUCACCUCACCAGGAAGAUGAAGAACAUGAGCGUCCAGCUGGUGAAGAAGAACCCCCUGCCGGAGCUGUCAGAGGACCUGGACAUGUUCACCGGGGAGAUCAUCAGUAACCUGCGCGACCUGCAGAGCUUGACGGUGGACAUGAAGGCAGAGAAGGACAGGCAGAAGUCUGAGGUGAAGCACAUCCUGCAGCAGAAGCAGAGAGCUCUCUCUGACCUCUUUAAGAUGCUGGCUGAGAUCGGCCUGUCGUACCGGAAGGGGCUGGCGUGGAGCAGGACAGCCAGCCCAGAAGAGAUGCUCUGUCUGCAGCCUCUGGAACUCUCCACAGCCCUGACUGCCGUCAGGACCCAGGAGCAGGCUGAGAACACGCUGUUCACAGAGUUGGCAGCAGCGUGGGACGGCUGUCAGAAGUAUUUCUAUCGGUCCUGGGCUCGAAGGACGGCCAUGCAGACGGCGCUUCAGAGCGCUGCCAAGGAGGUGGGUCUGGGGAACAUCGACCGCUGCAGGGGGUUCUCCUCCCACCUGUUCAAGCUCCUCCUGAAGCAAAGACGCCGGCUGGCCGGGCUGACGAAGCAGUGGGUGCACCUCAGGAGGUUAACCACCAGCGUUCAGGGGAUCCAGGCCAACCUCCAGAGCCACGGCCCAGACGCAGGAGGUCUUCCCCCCCAGGUGGCCCUCCAGGGCUGGGUGUCCCGUGCCCAGGGUCUGGCCGCCCAGUGUGCCACCCUCCUCCAGCAGCUGACCUGGCUGCUUCAGUGCUGCCCGGAGAACCACCACCACCACCCAGGCCUGCAGGAGCCGGAGGGGGCAGCCUGCCCGGCGGAGCCCAGCCUGAGGUGCCCUACUCCCCUGGCGGCCCAGCGCCAGCCGCUUGGCUGUCUGAUGAGGAGGGGAGACCCAGGCUGGUGUCAGCUGAGCCAGCGUGUGUCAACCAUGCUGACCCAGACCCAGGCCCUGAAGGAGGAGCUGCAGGCAGUAGCACAGCAGUCCACACAGGGGGCGCUGCACACCUGGAGCCAUUUUGCCACGUGCUGUUCUGGUUUGGACCGGCUGGGCUCAGUGGCGGGCCAGAUGCUGUCUGUGGAGCAGCUGUUCACUUUGGCGGGGCCAGAGGGCCCUGCUGCCUCCCAGCCUGGCCUGGCCUCCAGCCUGCGCUACGUCAGAGGAGAAGUGGAGGCCUGUCUCACAGAGUUCACCACCUGGAAGGCCCAGCACCUGUCCCUGGGCCAGGGGGAGCACACAGGGAGCCAGCAGGACUUUAGCUCUGAGUUCUGUGGAGAGCUGGAGAACACCAUCACCAUGCUGCUGUUAGCCAUCCAGAACCUGGUGAAGAGGAGGGAGGGCGAGGCCAGGGGAGAGCAGCACGCGGGCGCCAGGAGAGAGAGCGAGGAGGAGGAGGCUGCGGAGGACCUGCUGAAGCCUGGACACCUGAGCCGCCUUCUGGAGGAGGAGCUGGCGGGGGAGCUGGGCUGUCUGGCCCUGGGGGAGGUCAGCGCCGCUCUGGAGCAGCUGCUUAACAGACUGGCAACACACAGAGAGACCUGUCCUCCACAGCAGCUACAUGAGCUGACUGAGGCGUGUGUGUUGCUGGUGCGUCUGGAGCCCAUGCUGGGUGUGUACUCUGAGCUGGUGCGCUACUACCUGGCCGUGUCUCUGGGGGCCCACAGGAGCACCGGCAAGCUGCUGUCAGUCCUGGCCAGCAUCUUCACCGAGCUGGCUCAGAAGGGCUUCUGCCUGCCCCAGGAGCUGAUGGAGGGAGGAGACGGAGAGGGAGCCACGGACUUCCAUGACUACGAGGGCGGAGGCAUCGGCGAGGGGGAGGGAGUCAAAGACGUCAGUGACAAGAUCGACAACGAAGAACAGGUGGAGGACACCUUCCAGGGGGGUCAGGAGAAGAAGGAGGAGGAGCAGGACAAGAGGAACAUCAAAGAGGAGGAGAAUGCCAUCGAGAUGUCGGAGGACUUUGAUGGGCAGAUGCAUGAUGGGGACGAAAGAGAGCCAGGUGAGGAGUCGGAGGAGUCGGACAAGGAGGAUGAGGAAGAGCUGGAUAAGAAGAUGGGCGACCUGGGCGAGGGCCAGACAGACACCCUGGAUGAGAGGAUGUGGGGGGAUGAUGAGGAGGAUGAAGAUCUGGAGGGCAGCGACAAGGAGGAGGAGUCUGGCCAGGGAAUGGACCAGGGCGAAUCGGAAAUGGUUGCCAAGGACGACAACCUUGAUGCAGCUGACCCCAACAAAGAUCAGAAGAACCAGGACAAAGACCAGUCGCUGGAGGAUGAGGAGAAGGAGAAGAUCCACGAGCAGGGAGAUGAGCGCGAGUUUGACGAGAACGAGGUUGACCCCUAUCAUGGGAAACAAGAGAAGAAGCCAGAGCCUGAUGCCAUGGACCUGCCGGAGGACCUUAACCUGGACCAGGAGGACGACCAGGCUGGGGACGAGGGGGAGGGAGACGAAGAGAAUCCUUUCGACAUUGACGAGAAGCCCAUGGACCUGGAUAAGGAGGGAGGAGAGGAGGAGGGAGAGGAGGAGGGAGCAGGAGAGACGGACGCUGAGCAGCCAGGAGAGGAAGAGUGCAAGGAGCCAAAGACUGAGGAGGAGGAGGAGGAGGAGGAGGGAGGAGGAGACAAGCCAGAGGACGACAGUGAGCCUGGAGUCAAAGAAGAAGAGGAGGGGGAGGAGGAGCAAGAAAAAGAUGAAGGACAAGAGGCAGGAAAAGAGAAAGACCUGACUAUCCCAACAGACAAAGGCCAGAAACCAAAGGUAGCUGUAACUCUUAUUUACCACCUACAGAAAACGGUAUUGUGUGUGUGUGUGUGUGUGUGUGUGUGUGUGUGUGUGUGUGUGUAGAAGUAACCAAGUUUCUC